UUGGAGCAAUCAACAGAAGGAUAGCUCAGUGGUUCCAUCUCCUGCAGUUUGUCUUUCAAGGAUAGUUUUCAAAGGCGAAAUAAACUGAAUCGACUCAUUCCCGUUCAGUUCAUAGUUCUUGGCACGAACAAACCUUUGAUAAAUUACACUCCUGCAGGCAAAACUGCCCAAAACAGCUCUUUCAGCCGAAAAAAAAAAACUGUCACGACCGACUCUUGCUCGGGUUUUAACGUACAUUUGCUCACGCUAACGAGAUUUUAAAUCUCGUUAAAUUACAUCCCUUGCUAAAAUACAUCUUCGCCCACGACUAUUGUCGUUAUUUCUGACGAGAUUGUACAACUAGUAAUCAAGCAUUAGUCAAUUGAGCAUUAGCCAAUGGAAAUUUUGCGUUCGCAGAAAUGAACAAAAGAGGGUUCCUAUAGCAGACGUUUUUCCUUUCUCCCAGUCCUCUUCCAUCCAUUCAUCGGCCCUUUGCCAGCCAGGCUCUUUAAGAGCGUAGCGUUGCGUGACCAAGGAGGACCAGAACUGGACUGAGAACAUACAGCAAGCACUUCUGAAAGCGUGACAAAAUAGCUUUACUGUCACAGCUUGGGUUCGAUUGUAAAACUGAUCGAAACUGAGGAGUAAGGUAAGUGAUGAGUAGAUACAGAUUUGUGGUCGAACAGAAAUUUGGAGACUUCAGUCAUUAGAUUUGUCGUUUGAAAAACUGGAAUGAACCGUCAAGGGGGGGGGGGGGGAGCAGAUCCUUUUAUUGAGAUGAGUUGCACGGCCCAUGUAAAGAAUUAAAUGGAAUAGUAAUGAGGCUAAGCAAACGGAAAACGGCAAAAAUUACCUCUAUUUUUGUGUUCUGUUCUUCUAAUGAAUUCUUACAUGCAUCUCACAAAAAUUGAAAAAACGUCUGCUAUUCACCGCAGAAUACUAAUAUUUUCACUCUGCUGUACAAACAGCUGAAGAUGGACGGCAAAAGCGUCAUUUUUGCCAUUUGCAAGAUUAGAGAAGACGUUUCAAAAUACGUUCAAAGCUCAAGAAUAUUGUCAUUACGUAUUUAUGUCGAGAAAGGAUGGUUUCCCUUUGGCUAUCAGUUCCAGGAAAAAGUGAAGAGAAAUCUGAGAAAUCUUUAGAUUACUGAUGCGUUCGAAAGUGAUCGUGACGUUAUUAUUUAUUUCGCAAUCUUAAUUUUAGAUAGAAUAAACAUCAAACGAAAAAGACUAGGAGAUGACACAGGUAUCAUAAAUUAAGCGCAUGAGGCUCUGGCGACGUCUGAAAAACUGCAGUCACUGAAGCACUGGCGUGUACUUCAUUGGAAACGAAACCGGAAGAGGUUAUGACGAACUACACAGUUUGUGGUCGCCUUGUCAUUGCUAUUUAUUAAGUUUACUCAAAGUAAUGUCCAUAAAUGUCAUUGUUUAAAGGAAGCCAGACUGCCAUUCUGUAUUGACGUAUGCGGAAUUAAAUCCUCUUUGUUCAAAGAAGCAGGAAAAAAAAAUCAUGUUUCUUUGAAAACCGGAUGAACAAGAUGUGCUUAGCGCUCAAAAAUAUUCGAAGCUGAUAUCUCACGCGAUCGUGACAAGGUCACGCGAUCAUUAAUAUUAUUCGUAAGGUAAAAUAGAUCAAAUAUGCUACCUUGGAGAUAAUUUUAACUCACUCAGUGAUCGAAUAGAGCGUUACUUUAGAGAAAGAAAACUUUUAUUGUAUGUCGUUCAGUCACGGGCAUCUACUCGUCGCGUGUUUAACAAAAGGUUGAUGCAGCGAAAUUUCUAAAUUUAUACACACAAAAUGUUUGUGAGUAAUUUCUUAGAAAUGGAUUUUGUGAUAAAGGCUGGCGAGGUCAUUUUCAAGUGCGGGCAAAAAAUAUAAAAUUAGCAUAAAUAUGUUUCUACAUGAGAUUAUGGUUUCUAACAGUAAAAGGUGGUUAAAAAUGUCACGAACGAUAAAAUGCAAUAAAAUAUGUAAGAUAAGUGGUAAAAAUAUUUAUGAAGUUAAAAAGGGACAUAAAACAAUGAACAUGAUAAGGAGCCGAAACAUAUUGUGCAAAGCUUUAAAAUUUUAAGGAAGUGUCAGAAAAAAAGUUUUAUUGUUCUAUUUUCGAAUUUUUUUUUCAAAGAACUGAAACCAACGCUAAACAAACAGUGUGACCCCGUGCGCGCUGAAUUACCUGUUUAGAUCAGUUCUUUAUAAGCUUAUUAUCAUUAUUGAUUAUUGCUUAAUUGUCUCAUUGUUGCUGCACGCAGGCUAUCAUUGCUCUGAUAUUUGAAACUUCGUUUCUAUUCAAACACAUGUAGCAAUGACCCCUGAAUAAGAUUUGAAGAUGAGCGAAGUGAAGGCGUAUUUGCAUGUCGUGUAUGCUGGUUUUGGUGAUGCCUCCGUUUUGGAGUUUCAGUCAGCUGGCAAGCGCCGAUUCUAUUUGGUGGAUGGUGGUCCAAUCUGGCAUGUCGGGGCGGGUGGAACGCUAAAGAAACGAAUCAAGAAACUAACAAAGCUACAGCUCAGUCGGCCAUACUACCAAUACCUCCUCAAAACACUCACUGAUCUGGCUAGGAUUCCAAACAGCACUGGAAUUAAACUCGACGGAGCUGUAGUCACACAUCCCCAUGCAGACCACUUGGAUGGUGUGGAAAGACUAUUCAGAGAGCUACUCCCUGUCCAGUACCAAGAGAGCGUGAUGCCGGAAAGACCCGAAAAACGACUAAUGUCCAAUGGUCCCGUUUUGCUAACGAGGAAAUUUGCACAGGAAGACAAAGCAUAUCGAAGUUUUUCUGACUUUCUGUUGACAGCAAAAUUCGAGAUUAGCCUCGAUAAGGAAGACAUACUUAAUGCUUUCCAAAACGACAUUGUCUUCACCUUUCCAUCAUCGCCGGGCGUUUUGUACCAGCGCCAAAAACCCUCAGAAGACGAUGAACCUUUCUCUGAAGAGAAACAAAGAAGCAAGUUGAAAGGAGGAAAUGAAGACGAUGAUUUAAACAAAUCGAGUAUCAUUAUGUACACGCAAAAGGGUGGAAAGAUUUGCCUGAGUGGGGAUGCUUAUGGUUAUGACAUAGUCGCGAUGCUUCGAAAAGAAGGAGUCAAAGAUUUAGACAUCUUCAAGUUGCCUCAUCAUGGAAGUGCUAACAACAGCAUUUUGGGAAAGGUCUUGCCACCUCCUUGGGCCUUUCAAAAUUUAGCGUCGAUGUUGUUGCUUUCUAUAAGUCUCACAAAGACGAUUUCCUUUGAAGAGAGCCCUGAAGAGGAAAGUAACAUUGAUUCCCUUCGCCAGGAACUGGAAGUAAUCGCUGGCGGUGGAAAUGGAGAAGAACUACAGAUGAUAGCUGAAGUGUUCUUGAAGCAACUUGAAGCACGAGUUAAAAAAGAAAAGCAACAGAUCACCCCCGAUGAGUUGUUAAACAACAUAAAAGAAAAGCACAUCGAGAUAGUGGAAGCCCUUCAGCAACAGUCUGGAGGAAUAGACCCGUGCAAGGAUCUGAGACCUUUAAAAUCCUUAGAAGAUUGGGAUACUCUGAGGAAUGAUGUGGCCAAUACUCCGAUGUCUCACAGGUCCCCAGAUUCAACAAAAGCGCGGAAAGUUAGCAUGUCCCCGUUGGUUGGAAAGGUUAUGGGCGAUGACCCAAUUUACCAAGACUACUUCGCGGGAAAGAUUGGAAUUGAUGCGUUUUUUCAGUCCUUUCAUUCCAAAACGUAUUACGUGUCAGCUGACGAUAAAUAUGGCCAUCCUUCAUCAGACGUCAUCAAGGGGAUCAUAAAGGCUGCUGUUGAAAAGAACAAACCAUGCAGAAUCGUGUUUACUUCUGGGGGAGCCCUUCCAGCUAAGUAUUUGCCAGAUGCUCAACACAAGCAUUACAAGGAAUGGAACAAGCUCGUGUCCCUUUAUUACCUAAAGAGUAAUGUUUCAUUCACUUUGGACCCCAGCAACGACGCCAACGUAGCUCCAAGCGGAACAGCCAAAUUUGCAAGCGAAGACAAAGUACGAAUCGACGUUGCCGCACAACUGAAAAAGAACUUUGGGUUUACAAUUCCACAGCGGUCCUUUCUGCCAACACUUGAUCAGUACUACGUGAAGACAAAGAUUUCCGAUGGUAAGUUUCUCUGGCUUAAAGUAGACAGUGACGGAACGCUUUUCCUAACGUCUACAAAGGGAAACCAAAACGUCCUGGUGGUGUCCAAUGCUCCUUCCAUCAAUGGUGACUUGAGAAUGCUCACGCUCAAGAGCAUCUCCGAAAAUGGCGGUGUAAGGAACGUCUGGCUCGAGAAAGCUAAAAAGGAAGGAUUUCUUUUGAAAGGCGCUGCUGAGGGAGAUUUCCUCUUCGAAGAAAACGGCUUCUUGAAGUCUGGAAACAAGAAUAAAGGCAGUUCCUUUUUCUUUGAGCACAAGACGUUUUCCGGUCAAAUGAAGAGUGGAAAGGAAGUUUCCAUCGUCCAGUUCUUGAAGUCAUUUGGUUACGACGGGGCCGACAGUUCAAUUAAUGUUCGAAGCGUUCUUGAAAUCCUCCUUGGUAUGCCAAACAUGAAACGCCUGAUUGAAGAAUUGCCCAAUGAUUUUAUUGGAAUUGCCAUAUUGGAUCACCAAGUCAAUUUAAACUUGUCCAAAGUAGAACUUUCCUCUUCCGUUGAUUGUGAAGUCGUUUCAAGCCGCAUAGAGGUCAUGGUUUCAACAACUUCCGUGAUGUUCGACAGGCAAAAAGUCACUAAACUAGAAGUUGUGGUGAGAGACCCAUGUUCUACGAACCCAAACCUUCUUCUCCUGAUAUCAACCACCCUCCAUAAUACCAGAUACACUGUCGACUUAAGUGGACAUUUGAAACCGAGAGAACCAUCCGUCGACAUGUACUUGAAUGUGCUUGGAGGUGUGCCAUUGGAGGACCGCAACAACAUGACCCUGGGAACAUUACUUGAACGUGUAAUGGGACUUCUCCCCCUGGAAACUUUGUCAAAGUGCCUCCAAACACAGCUUUUGGCACGCGAGAUGUUUACUUGGAAGGUUGAUCGUGUUCUCUCCACGGUAAACUAUUUCAUCUCCCCAUUGACUGUUGAGGUACUGUCGGGAGACAUGUAUGUCAAUAUCCCACCCGGGAUGAACAGUAUGACCUUUGGGGGUACGGUGACAGUCCAUUUGUCCCGAAUGCACGUCAUUGUCAGUGGCCCGCGAACGUACAAGAGUACCUUCGUCAUAGAGUGCGACGCUAAAAUCGGAUCAAUCUCAGUAAACAUGAAAAUGACACCCUCGUCAACAGGUGUCCCAGAAUUGACCAUCGCCUUUCCUGAAAGUGUCAAUGUAGUUGCUUUGUUCAAAACACUGGGUGUUCCUAGUAGCCUACUUGAGCUAACGGUCCCAUUAGCAAACGAGGUCAUUAAGAACUUGGCAUUGAGCAAACCAAGAAUAUCUGUGGUCCAGGAUGUUCCAAGUUCCAACGUGACCCGGAUUUCUUGCGUGACCUUCGAUUUCUUAUUUGACAUGUUUCCCUCCGUUUUACCAAGCAGUCUUCCCCAACCCCAGGACAGCAAAGCGUCUCUCUCCAUUUUCAAUCCUUUCAGUGGGAAACCUCAAGUCGGAGUUGAAGUCGAAUUCAAUUUGCCAAUUUCCUCAUCGGCAAACCAUUCCUUCUUGAUUUCAAAGUUUUCCUUAUGGCCAGUGGAACAAUCCGAUCAAGAAAUCCAAACAGGUUAUCGUUUCAGCAUUUCAUUGUGGCCCAGCUCGUCUGCGAUAUCGAUGCAAUCAGUCCUUCAAGCUGUUGGUCUGGGAGAGUUGACAGAGUCAAUUGCUGCAUCCUUCCCGUUCAUUCCCUCAGUGCUAACGAACGUCCAGCUUGAUAAAGUCACUCUAGAAGCAAACACCCAAAGUCGGAGUAUCGAUUCCUUGACUUUGUCACUGUUCGUUCCAGAAUUUUCAAUCAUUGAAGGGAAGCUAAGCAUUCAUGAAGCAAAUCUCUGGGUACAGCACGGCGGCGAUCAAUGGUACGCAGAAGCAGAAAUGAAGUUGCUCGUGUUUAACAAGUUUGUGUGCCACGCAGCUUUUUCCUUCCCGAGACCGGAUGUACCUGGAUUACUUAAAUUCCAAAACACCGAAACUUUGUUCACCCUCAAGGAGUUCGUUGCAGGCAUCGGCGUUGCUGUCCCAGACGAUCUUCCUGUCAUCAAAGGAGUUCUUGAUAUAAAAAUUUCUAAAGUUUCUAUUAGCUGUGAAAACGGCGUCGACGGUGAGUCCUUCAAAGUAACCAAAGUGGUAACUGUGUUGGAGAAGCGAACCUUAACAGUUGGACCUCUUAAGCUUUAUAAUCUGGAGCUGGAAGUUUGCUACGCCAAUAUAACACAGCAAUCAUCAGUGUCAUUUUCACUUCAAGGAUAUCUCAAUCCUAAGACACACGCAUCUUUGGCCUUUGAUGCAGAACAAAGAGAACUGCUUGGACGCUACGUCUUCACGGCAAACACUUCCUCAAGUGACUGCUUGAAUGAGUUGUUUCAUGACGAAAUGGACGAUUUUUCCAGCAACAAUGCCUUUGACCAGGUGAAGUCUCUGCAUGUUCAGGACGUUAAAGUCGCCCUCAGUUUUCCACGCGAGAAGGACUGGAGCCUAACAGAAUUCGUUUUAAGUAUGGAAGGUACCCUCUCCUUAGGACCGUUUAACCUCAAGCAACUUCGUCUCCAUUACAUCAAAGACCAAGCUGAUGAAGCUAAACAACGUAUUUCAGUUGUCGGUCAUUUCAAAAGUGAUGAUCAACUGCUGAGUUUCACCAUGGAACUUUCUUGUACAGGCCAGCAGUCAAAGAGUAUUGCGUUUGAAGCAGCCGUCAGGCCAGAUUCUCCCGGAGGAGUGACGCUUUCAUCCCUGCUAGAGCUGAUUGGAUUGAAGAAUCCUGAAGUUCCUCAAGUUGAUGGAUCUCCCGACUUCCUUGACAUUGAAUUGAAGGAGGCGUUUCUUCGAUUUGAGGUCUCACCAUUUCGGAUUCGGAAGGUAGAUGUAGUCAUCCAGACGACAGAAACGUUGACAAUCCUUGAGAAACCCCUUAUUCAACUUCACGAAGUAAGACUAGAAUACCAUUUAGACGACACAAACGACUCUGCGGAAACUCAAAUUUUCAUCGCGGGAGGUUUCACCCUUGUAACACUUCGGUUGGAUAUCACACUCAAGACGAACGUUGGAAAUCGAGGAUUGACACUGGAAGGUCGUUUGCAGGGUACAAAGAACACAGACAACCUCGAUUUUGAACAAGCGGCCAAACAACUUUCUCCAAACGUACCUUUCAGCCUGCCUAAGAAUGUGGCAUUAAGCUGGUUUCUUUUGAGGCUCGACAGAAAUGAAGACACAGUUUCUCUUGAAUUGGAGGGUGAUUCGCCCAUGAACUGGUCGAUUGAUGCAGGUUUCAGUACCAUCACAGUUGAAAACCUUGGUGGCAAGCUGAAGUUUGAAAAACACCGAACGUCCGAUGAGUGGACUGGUUUCGUAUGCCUGACUGGCGAGGUACUUUUACUUGAGUCUGUUGCUGCGGCUGUAGAUGUCUACCACGACAGCAAAGGGGAAACCCUUGUAAGGGGAACUGUGCGUCAGCCAGAGAAAAUCGAUCUUCAAGUCAUGACUCAGAAAUUUGGAGCUAGUUCAGAUUCUUCGAAAUCUUGGAAUAGACUUGUUCCUCACGAGACGGAGUCUUCGGUACGCUCACCAAAGUUCAACAGUGCAUCUUUGUUUAUAAAUUUUUCUAGAAAAUCACUGUUGUUCUAUGGAGAUGUAGCGGGAUUUGGCUCAGGAUUGUUGAUUGUCAAGAAGACAAAUGACAGUGAGAAUUCCCCUGAAUAUGGCUUUCUCUUCGGCCUUAGCCUCGGAAGAGAUUUCAAAUUUGCCUCACUCAACGGAAGUCUCGGUGUUGUUGAUGAGAUUCUCUCGGUACAGCAGGCCAAUUUGUCCGUAAUUUCGAUGGAUCACGUGACAGUCGAAGAAAUGUGUAAGGACUUCUCCAAACUUCAAGGAAUAGGACUCAAACAGCAAGAAGUCGAUGUGCCGUUCAGCGACCUAGACAUCCAAGCCAUUUAAAGACUACAAGUGAAACCU